UUACUUUCUCUUGACAGAAUCAAACACAAAAUCCAAACAACAUAGCAAAUCCAACCCUAAUUUUUUUUUUUAUCUUUCUAAUAACUUCUUUAGAUUUGUUUUUGCAAUCUAUAAAGAUUUGAUUUUAUACUUUUUGAAUCAAAAUAUAAUCUAUUUAACGUCUUUUAUCCACAGAGGAAAUGGAUGAAGAUAUAGAAAUGAUUGGUGGUGGUGAUAAUGAUGGGAGAAUGCUGGAAUGGGAAAAUGGAUUGCCCGAUGAAUCUGAACUUACGCCAUUAUCGCAGAAUUUGGUACCACCAGAGCUAGCAUUGGCAUUUUCUAUAACCGCUGAACCCUGUAGAAGCAUGGGAGAUGUAAUUCGGGCAUCUGACAUGACAGUAUUGAGUCUCUGUGGUCGACAGGAUCCAUUUCCUUGCUCUUCAAGCAAUCUGGAAUUGUUUCCUUCUCGCACACCGUUAGUUUAUGGAGAAGAGGAUGAACAUGAGCUCACACCAAGAACUCCUGCAAUGGACGAUACGGAGUCACGGAAAAUUCAAAAAAUUGAUUAUGAUGAGGACGUGGAGGUUGAUUCGUCUAUGAGGAUGCUGAAUUCUAGUAAUGCUGACAAUCAAUCUGCUGGGACAUUCAAACGCCCGAGGUUAGUUUGGACACCACCACUUCAUAAGCGGUUUGUUGAGGUUGUUACGCAUUUGGGUGUUAAGAAUGCAGUGCCAAAGACUAUUAUGCAGUUGAUGAAUGUGGAAGGAUUAACAAGAGAAAAUGUUGCUAGUCAUCUUCAGAAGUAUAGGCUCUACCUGAAACGAAAUGAAGGAGAAGGUCCGUCCACAUCUGACAAUUCUCUGUUCUCACAGAGCAUACGCAGGUCCACUGGGAGUGAACGUGUGGCGCUAUCGACAACACCAGCACCACCAACACCAACACAAUUAGAACGACCACCAACACCACCACCGCCUCAGAUGUCGUAUGCUGGCCUGCCGCUUCUCCCCAUUUCAGUUCUUGGCAUGGGGCUUGCACCAAACAGUCAGGCGGGUGUAAAAGCUGGUAAUUCAGCUGGAGUUGGCUAUCUUGGUGGAUACAAGUUUCAUCAUUAUAACUUAUCAAAGGAUCAACAAAGAGAUACGCCUGGUAUUACAUUUGAUUCUAUGUUGUAUCCACAUGUUAGUAACACAGACCGCUAAGAGGCUUCAAAUGCACAAGCAGAGUUUUUGCUUAAACCUGUUCUUGCAAAAUGUUUAUGGUUUACCAAUUCGUAAUUGUGUAGGUUUCACUGUAUAAUUUACAGAUUGAUAUAUACAUUUCUCAGUUGAUCAGCAUAAGUCUCUUACCAGUAACUGUUUAGGCCGCAUUAUACAGGAUAGCUAUAUUUCAAAAUGACACGGUUUCUAGGUUUUCAGAUGCUUGAAGAUAAUGCGGACAUAAAAAAAACCUGUCGAGCCAACCUUUCUAACCAAAAGAAGGCAACAACUGGAAGUCAGGUUUUUGUGAAGUAAGUGACUUCAUUGAGCAACUGCUAUUGUAGACAGCUCAUAGAAUAGUUAAGAUUAGACUAACUGAUCUCCAAUG